GUUAAUAAAACGCGCAAUGUUUUUCUUUCUAAGAAAAUGAAUGACAAAAUCGCAGUAAAAAGACUCAUUGACUUAAAAGUCAAUUCAGUCUAAAGCAUGCUGAUUUACAAAAACAUGGGAUUUUUCAUUUUUCAUCAAAGCCUCCAAAAUCCAGUAUUUCGAGCUUCGUGAAGCAUAUAUAGGUAGGAGUUGUUUCUGAUAGAAAAGAUGGAUGCAGAAUGGCUGAGCUUAUACCGAUUGGAACAAUCUUGGGCGUUCUGUCUCACCAGAUCAUCAAGAUCAGCCAAGCCGCCAAGGACAUCGUGUUCGAGAAGGAGAGCUUCCGUGUCCUUGUGGAGCAUCUCCUCGACAUCGAGCCCGUCUUGAGGGAGCUGCAGUCGCAGCAGCUGAACGACUCCCCCGCUGCAAGGCAGGCGCUCGAGUCACUCGAGACCAACGUCAAGCAGGCGCACACCUUAGUCGACAAGUACAAAGGCCGAGCCCGUUUCUACCUCUUAGUAAAAUGCAGGCACAUUGUGAAGGAGAUACAGGAUGUCACCAGAGAGAUUGGUGAUUCCUUGGCUGCUCUCUCCCUCGCCAAUCUUGAAGUCCUCUCCGGGAUCUCCGAUCAGGUCCACAAGCUGCAGCACGAGAUGCAACGCGCCCAGUUUGAGGCCUCCCACGCCCGUCUCCUGAUUGUUGACAAGCUCAAUCAGGGCAUUUCUGAUCAGGCAUUUGAUAAGGAGUUCGCCAAUGAUAUGCUCAAGGAGAUUGCACGCGCCGUGGGCGUGCCCGUUGAGCCCUCCGAGAUCACCAAGGAGCUUGCUAGCUUCAAGAGGGAGAAGGAGGAAGCUGAGAAUAGGAAGGAGAGGGCUGAGGUCUUCUUUCUAGAACAGGUCAUUGAGUUGCUUUCUCGUGCAGAUGCUGCCAGGGAUUUUGAGGAGGUGAGCAACCAGUAUAUGCAGCGGGUGAAGGUCAUCCAACGCUACGAUCCAAGAAAAGAAUACAUAGAGCCGUUCAAGGCUUUCCACUGUUGCAUAACCGGCGGUGUGAUGACUGAUCCGGUGAGCCUCUGCACGGGGACCGCGUGUGAGAGGUCGGCCCUUGAAGCGUGGUUCCAGCAGGGCAACAAGGCUGACCCGGAGACGGGGGAACUUCUUGAAGAUUUCUCACGGAGGCCUAAUAUUCAGCUGAGGCAGUCCAUACAGGAAUGGAAAGAGCUGAAUCACUGCCUCAAGAUUAGGUCUUGCAAGGCGAGGCUGAGGUCGGGGGAGGAGGAGUGUGUCAUGGAGGCUCUUGAUCGGAUGAAGGAGCUCAUUGCAGAGAACUCGAUCAACAAGGAUUGGAUCUCAAUUGGAGGGCUGACGGACGCUACCAUCGCCUUGCUCCAGAGCAGGACCACUGAAGCUGUGAUGAAGAAGGUGUUGGUGACCUUGAAGGACAUCGUAGAUGGCCAUGCUAGAAACAAGGCGAUCUUCGUAGAGAAUGGAGGAAUCGAGAAGAUUGUGCCGUGCUUAGGAUUGGAUCCGAGCAUAUCAGAGGCUGCAGUGAGGCUGCUGUACGAGGUUUUGCUCGAUCGAUCGAGCUGGAACGCGUCGUGCUGCAAGAGGCUCUCUCAGAAAUGUGAUGCAAUAGUCCCACUUCUUGUUUCUCUUGUUAAGAAUGCAUCAAAAAUAGCAGAGGAAAUACUGUUGAAACUUUGUGAAGAAGAUGAUAACAUUAUCAAGGCUGCUAGAGUAAACUGGUUCAGACCAUUAAUAGAUAAGGUGGUACGAGGAUCAGUAUCAGAAAGAAUCUCAAUGGUAAAACAACUUGUUAGCCUAGAAGUUGAUGAUGAGAAGAUGAAGUUACUUGGUGAGGAGGGGCUGAUUCCGCCCCUGCUGGAGAUGGCGGCAUCCGGAAGCAUAGAGUCCAAGGAGGUUUCGCUGCACGCUCUCAUGAAGUUGUCUACCUUCCGGGCCAACAAACACCUCAUCGGUAGUGGUGGUGGCGUUUGUCUCGUGGUGAAGCUGCUCUCCUCGCCUCACGUGCUCCCCGUGGUCACUGCAAGAUGUGCUGAGAUUCUUGCCAACUUCUCGGCCAACGGGGAUGGAACCACGUUUCUGGUGGACGAAGAUGGAGGCCAGCUCGAGCUAGAGGCGCUCACUGCCAAUUUGCUCGCGUUCCAACAGAAUCUCAACUCGCUAGACGUUAUCAGGAGGCCGGCCCUACGCGCCCUUGUUGGGAUCUGUCAAUCCGAGGCCGGGCUGGUGAAGUCUGCGGUACUUUCCUGUAGUGGUAUUUCCGUUGUUCUUGCUCUGCUCGACGACUCCAACCAGGAGAUACGCGAACUGGCGAUCAACCUCGUGUUCCUUUUCUCACAGCACGAGCCGGAGGGAGUGGUGGAGUAUCUCCUUAAGCCUAGGCGCCUCGAGGCUCUGGUCGGAUUCCUUGAGAAUUCUGAGAAGGGUGACGUGCAGAUGGCUGCAGCCGGUCUGCUCGCCAACCUCCCCAAGUCGGAAACGUCGCUAACGGAGAAACUAAUCAAGCUAGGAGGGCUGGAGGCAAUAAUCCAGAUCAUAAGAUUAGGGACAGGGGAAGCCAAGGAGAAUGCUCUGAGUGCAUUGUUUAGGUUCACCGAUCCUACGAACCUCAAGUCACAGCGCGUCGUGGUUGAGUUGGGCGCGUUCCCUCUCCUCACAGGGCUUCUCAGAGCCAGUUCAGUCACAGCUAGUGCGAGAGCUGCAGCUCUGCUAGGCGACCUCUCCAUGCGCAGUCCUGAGCUGAGCCAAGUGCACUGGAAGAAGCAUGGCUGCUUCUGGUCGUGCUUUCAUCGGCCACGAGGUGCAGUGUGCCCGGUGCACGGAGGCUCCUGCAGUGUCAGCACGACGUUCUGUUUGCUGGAGGGGAAUGCGUUGCCUGAUCUGGUCCGGCUUGUGCAGGAUAAGGUCCACGCCACGGCCUAUGAGGCGAUCCAGACGCUGUCAACCCUUGUUCAUGAGGAUUCACCUCAGAGAGGGGCGGCGGCGCUGCAUGAGUACGGGGCAAUCGGGCCAACAAUAGAGGUGUUGAGAUGGGGUUCGGAGUCGCUGAAAGCAGAGGCGCUGAUCCUGUUGGAGAAAGUUUUCGUGUCGAUGGAGAUGGUGGACUUGUACGGUGCGACGGCAAGAGCGCCUCUAGGGCAACUUGCUUCUCACAAUUUAUGUGAUGAGAGGCAUCUGCAGCGGAAGGCAGUUAAGGUGCUGCUUCUCAUCGAGCGUUACUCCAGAUCGUCUACAUCUCUUGUAGCAGCUAUAACUGAUUGAAAUUCAACCAUGUUUACUCUUGUUAAAAAACAAAGCUUUAAACCAUUGUUUAAUUUUAAUUUAUCUACCCUUUUGAGGUA